CUCUAUUUUUAACAUGUAGUGCGUUAUUUAUCGAUCGCCGCUGCUAGUGAGAGAAACCGUUCGCGUUUUGUGGUGCACUCUCGGACAUUUUUUCUAUUUCGUUAUGUCGUUUUGUUGAAAAAACAGAUACAUGAACAUGAAAGUGCACACUAGGUCACGGAGAUGUCGGAAUAUAUAACAUUUUACUGAACGGGAACGAUCAUAAGUGACAUUUUAUUAAUUUCGUUACGGACGAUGGAAACGAAACUGUGUUGUGGACCCGCGGAGCCGAGGCCUGCAGCUUGUGUUGCGGCUUAACUAGGGACGCUUGCUGGGCAGCCGGUAAGAGACGCCGCCGUAUUCAGGAUGUUUGGUCGGCCGAGAGUUCGAGGGGAGAUGUGUGGUGACGAGCGGACAGUGUGUAGGGGCUCGCAAAGCCCGAACUUAUUUGAAACAAUGUCGCGGUCCAGGAGGAAAAGAUGGACAAACAUGAUGCCUGGAGCUUUGGUGCUAUAUUUGACUUUAUUGUGCAUAUUUCCAGGAAUAGCAAAAGCAGAUGACAGAGCAACUACAAAUGACAUAAACUUAUUUGUUGACGAAAAUCAACCGAAUGGAACUUACGUUGGUUCUGUCGCAGAGGAAGGUGCAACUAGCAACUCGUAUUCAUUUCUAUCUACUCCUCCAGAUGAAUUUCAUCUCAAUAGUACUACAGGAAUUAUCACCACAGCAGACGUCAUUGAUAGAGAGUUAUUACCCAAUGAUUUGUUCAUACUUCCAGUCGCAGUAGUAACAUCUUCUGGCACAAAUAUAGUGGAUAUUAAAAUAACAGUCAAUGACUUGAACGAUAACUCUCCAGUUUUCCCUCAAUCUGUUAUUAGUUUGUCAUUUUCUGAGAAUGCUCACAGUGGCAGUGUUCAGAUUCUUCCAUCAGCUAUGGAUGCAGAUAAAGACAGUAAUGGCUACAUCAGCACGUAUCUAAUUGAGAGCGUGAGUGGCGGUGGAGAUGAUGCCUUUUUGCUUCAAACUUUCCGUCCUCGUGAAGAUGCAGAGUACACAGUCUCACUUGUAACCAACUCACUUCUAGACAGGGAAACGGAGGACUUUUACAUCUUAAAUAUCUCUGCCACUGACAACAGCUCAACCCCUAGGACUGGUUAUCUCAUUGUCAAUGUCACCAUCACUGAUGUAAAUGAUAACUCUCCAAUUUUCACCCAAACAACCUACUUUGCUACUGUCAAUGAAAGCUCUGCAGCUGGAACAUCGGUAGUGCACCUCAACGCUACCGACAUUGAUCAAGGAUCGAAUGGUGACAUUGUGUACCGUCUGAAGAAUGAGCUAACGGACAAUUUUGCCUUGGAUCCUGAUACGGGAUGGAUCACUCUUCUGCGCCAGUUACCUUACGUUGCUAAUGGAUAUCUUUUUGAAGUCACAGCUACAGAUAAAGGAUCACCCUCCCAAUCAAGCUCUGCAUUUGUGAAUGUAAUGGUCGAGGAUGAAAAUGAUCACAGUCCUGUCAUUGAAGUGCUUAUUCCAGAGAUUGAAGCCAGUGGAGUUGCAAGCAUCAGUGAGACCAUGCUGCCGGGACCCCUUUUCAAUCUCAAAGCUAUAGAUGAGGAUAGGGAAGAAAAUGGAAGGGUUUCCAUGAGCAUCCACAGCGGCAAUGAUCGGAAUGACUUUUCAGGGACUUCUAUUUCAUUGCCAACUGGAGAUGUUUUCUUCCUCCUGCGGGUCUCUCCAUCUGCUAAUAUUGAUAGGGAGAUAAUAGCCUCCUACAACCUCACCUUUGCUGCCGAAGAUAUGGGAACACCACCUCGGAGAACUUACAGAUCCAUCAUCAUUUAUGUGGUGGAUGAGAAUGACCAUGCACCCAUGUUCCUUCAGGAGUCCUACCGCGCAGGCCUUUUGGAAUCGAUCCAGGUAGGCAGUUUCGUUAAAAGUGUGACUGCUACUGAUGCUGAUGAAGGUAUAAAUGCUGACAUUGUCUAUUCCAUAACUGGAGAUGAGUAUGGAUGGUUUCAGAUAGAUAAUGGGACUGGACUUGUGACAACGCGAGAAAAGCUGGAUCAUGAGACGGCAGCCCAGGUUACCCUGAUAAUAACAGCAUCUGAUCAAGGACUGGAACCCAUGGCAAACACCACCAUUCUUACCAUUGAUAUACAGGAUGUGAAUGAUGAGUAUCCUGUCUUUAACCAGAGCUCAUACAGUGAGACUGUAGAAGAGAACUCCCCUGCCAGGGAUCUGAUUCAAGUUCUUGCUACCGAUUUAGAUAAUGGGGUAAACGGAGAUGUAACCUACACUUUCAGCAGUGACCAGUAUUCGGGCAUGUUCAGUCUAGAUCCAGAGAGUGGAUUGCUGCAAAUAACAGUACCCCUAGAUCGUGAAGAACAAGAUUCCUAUGAACUUGAAAUCUUGGCAUCAGAUGGUGGUUCCCCUUCACUUCAGGCCACAGCUACUGUCACUAUUGCUGUAUUAGAUCAAAAUGACAACCCUCCACAGUUCUACCCUACAGAGUACUAUGCCAGUGUGAUAGAGAAUGGACCAGCUGGACUCUUUGUGACUGUGGUUUCAGCAACAGAUCUUGAUGUGGGUGUUAACGGAGCUGUCAUUUUCUCUCUGUCAGACUCAUCCAAAUUCCAGAUUGACAGCUAUUCCGGAAACGUUACCACACGAGAGUCACUGGACAGGGAACAGGAAUCUUCAUAUACCCUGACAGUAACUGCACAAGAUGGUAGUGGACAGGCUGCUGCUCAGUCUGCGACAAUUUUUGUUACUGUCACUGAUACACUGGACAAUCCACUUGAAUUUGAACUGAAUCCUUACAGGUUUCAACUGGAAGAGAAUCGUCCAAAUCGCACUGAAGUUGGAACUGUCCUAGCUACAAGUAUGGAUCUGAAUGUUGAAAUCACAUACGUGAUUGUAAAUGGUGAUCCAAAUGGACUGUUUGUGAUAGACUUCUAUUCUGGUGUUAUCAAGACGACGCUCUCAAUUGAUCGAGAAGCACAUGAAUCAGCUUCCUUUAGGUUGACUGUGUUAGCUGUUGAUGGGUCCCAGAAUGGACAGACUGUUGUUGAGAUCGAGAUAUUGGACAUUAAUGAUAAUGCACCAGUGUUUGCCCUUCCGGAAGAUCAGGUGGAUGUUGUUGAAAACUGGGCUGUUGGAAACAAGUUCUAUGCAGCACAAGUCACUGAUGCAGACAGUCCCCCAAACAAUGUGAUCCUGUAUGAUUUAUCUGUAAACUUUGAUGACCGUUUUGGCAUCAAUCAUACUUCUGGAGUGCUGUUCUUGAACAAGGAUCUGCAAAACUACCCAGAGAAGGAGUAUAAUCUGCAAAUCCAGGCAACGGACUAUGGUACCCCACCCCUGUCUUCCAGUAUGAACCUUCUCAUCACCGUGCGAGAUGUCAACAACAAUGCUCCUGUCUUCGUUGACUCCAUCAACACAACUCUGAGACUAACAGAAUCCAUACCUGUAAACAGCAUAGUCAUCCAUGCUUUGGCCACAGAUGCCGAUCAAGGUACCAACGGACUAAUCUCCUACCGCAUCACCAGUGGAAACACAGACAGCUUCGGGAUCUUCCCUGAUGGCAUGGUCUAUGUCAAGCGAGCAUUGGACAGGGAGCAAGUUGACCAGUAUGACCUGACCAUUGAAGCUACAGAUGGUGGUGUGCCAUCCAUGACAUCUACCCUUAUGCUGGAAAUCAUUGUCCUUGAUGAAAACGAUAACCGACCAUUCUUUGACAAUGCCACCUACAACUUCUACCUAUCAGAGGAAGAUGAUAUCGGUGCAGCUGUUGGCACGAUCCAUGCAGUUGACAAUGAUGUUGGUGGUAAUGGAGAACUUACCUACUCAUUCACAGCAAAUCAUACUCUGUUUACACUGAACUCUGUUACUGGUGCCAUAACAUCUAAAGUGAGCCUUGACCGUGAAAGCCUUGUUGAAGCUGGACAGCCAACUACCUUUUCUAUUCGUGUUCGAGUCCAUGAUAGUGGACAACCACAGCUUCAAGAUCAUGCUGAUGUGAACAUUCAUGUUGUGGAUAUUAAUGACAGCCCUCCUGUUUUCAACCGUGAGAGUUACCAGGCCUCGGUUUCAGAACUGGCACAGAAUGAAACGUUAAUCAUCAGAGUCAGUGCAACCGAUGAUGAUGUGGGAGAUAAUUCCUAUAUCCUCUACAGCAUUGUCAGUGGAAACGAAGAAAAACGAUUUCACAUAGAUCAUGUCCAUGGCCAGAUAGUCCUCAUUGCUCCCUUAGAUCGUGAAGUGACUGAAGGCUAUGUUCUGAGGGUAAAGGCACGUGAUGGAGGAAUUGUUCCACAAGAAUCAUUUGUAGAAGUAGAAAUCACAGUCCUGGAUGAGAAUGAUCACCGCCCCUCGUUUAGUGUAGAUUUGCAGCGAGAAAUUGAGGUUACAGAGUGUCUCCAAAUUGGUGAUACCAUUGGUGGUGUUCAAGCAACAGACAUGGAUAUCAAUAGCAAUGGACAGAUCUCUUACACAAUCACUGGAGGUAAUCUUGAUGGAGUGUUUGGAGUGAAUGCUAACUCUGGAGAAGUAUACCUUACAGGAUACCUUGAUCAUGAGGCAACAUCUCAGUACUCCUUGAACAUAACAGCUCGUGAUGGUGGCAGUCCUUCUCUUCAAGCUGUGGUGUCCAUGGUCAUAAAUAUCAGAGACUGCAAUGAUAACAGUCCUAUCUUUGCCUAUGUGGGAGUACCUGAAAUCGAUGAGGAAAAACCAGAAGGAUUUGAAGUUGUCAGAGUCAGUGCUUCUGAUUCAGAUUCUGGUGUCAACGGUGAAGUACGCUUUUCUAUCUCUAGUCAGCGACCUUCAGGAGACUUCUUUGCCAUAGACCCAGAGAGUGGCUGGAUCACUACCAAUAGUCGCAUUGAUAGAGAAUCUGAAAUUAUGGCAACAGAUCAAUUUAUCCUCACUGUCCAUGGCACUGACCUUGCUGUACCUGUGGAAAGCAGACGUACUGCCACUGUUGAUGUUGUCAUCUUUGUCAGAGACAUCAAUGACAAUGCACCAAGGUUUACUUCUCAGCAGGCAGCUGCCAUAUCCAGAAGCACAUCAGCCAAUACCAGAGUAACCACUGUGCAUGCUGAUGAUCCUGAUACUGGUGUCAACGGCCAGGUCACCUACACAUUAAUCUCUACUGGGGUGCCUUUUAGACUGGACCUGAUCACCGGUGAACUGACUCUGACACAACCGAUCCCCUCAUCAGCCAACAUCUAUUCCUUGGACAUCCGAGCUGACGAUGCUGGAAGCAACCCUCAGCAGCAAUCAACACCCUUCUCACUGGCCAUUAUCAUCUCAGAUGGCCAGAGCUCUAUUCUGAACUACGUCCAGAACACCUACACUGGAUCUGUACGUGAGAAUCAACCUGCAGGAACUGAAAUUGUAACUGUUGUGGCUCAGUAUUCUGAUGGCCGCUCUGCGACGGUGAGGUACUACGUUUCUGCCGUGACUGCAGGAGGGGUGGAUAAGGGAAGCCUGAUCAGGGCCAGCGUUACCAAUGGAAUUAUACGUACUGAUGCUGUCUUGGACCGUGAAGACCUGGGUGGAGGAUCGUCCCUGGUGGCAACUGUCUAUGCUGUGGAUACAAGUUCUUCAUCUUCUCAUGUCACAAGUGUGCAGGUAACUGUCAAUGUCCUUGAGGUUUGACGAGUCAAAAUAUUUCAUUUGAAUGGAUCUUUUACUUUGUUUCUUUUUGUUACCCAAAACGCUUGUUAUGACCCUCUUGUACUUUUUGUGGGAAAUUCUAGGACUGAGAAAGAAACAAUAUGACAAAGUGUUGAAAACAUGGCCCUUUUUUUUCCUUACCUACUUGAAAAGAUAAAUCAAAAGUAAAUUUAUUUUGAACUUUUUAUUUAACAUUUAAGCUGCUCAUCAAAUAGAUAAAAAAUAUCAUAACAUUUAUUUCUCUAUACACAUACAUUGAGUAACAUUUAUUUCCUUUUAAGUAUUCAACAAAGGCCUAAUUCAACCAGUCAACCUUUCAUUCUUGGGUAAUGAAGAAAGAAAAAAAAACACAUCAAAAUUACAAGGGGUAUGAAUAAUUUAGUUGUUAUCUGUAUAAUUUGCUUUUGGUUGCUAAUUUAACAGAAUCCUAGGGGGAAUAAGUGCAUACAAUGCAGGGCUGAUAUUUUUCUUUUAUUCAGUUUUCUAAUUUUGGCUCACAAUUCAUAUGUGGCUCGCACACGUCCAUGUAACGGCUA